AUGCCCCCUGCAACCGCGACGAGUGCCGUGCCGCUCACGUUUGGCGCGCCUCACCCAAACGGCCCCACCAACUCUGGGACGCAUGCCCACGUCCCAUCCAGGCCUCAUCACAGACACGGCCACAGCGCAGAUUAUCAGGAUCCUCGUGUGGCCCAAAAGGCUCAGCACGCCCACACCCGCUCCAGCGUCCAGGUCCUCUCGAAACCGUUACCGUCACGACCAGAACAGGAGAGAGAGUAUAUUUCUGCGCCUUAUCAGCCAACAGAAGCCCAACGAUACAAGCAACAAUCCCUCGCAAAAUUAACAGAACGAGAACACCGCCCGUCUCCCGCCUCUGUCUCUGCUGGCCAAAAGUCUUCCAGCCUAGGCCGAAGCGCGACCACUGAUGGCAGACCGUCCUCGGCGUCCCACCCGAGACGCAAGCCAGUCACGUCGCAGAUGAACGAGGAGAUGUCCAACAACAUUUCCAAUGGACACCUGGCAACUCCCACCACCGAUGAUCCAUCCGGCUCCUCGCGAUCUCGUUUUCGUCAAACAGCGAUUUAUCGGGAUGCACCGUCGCAACACCAACCAGAAACUUGGUCAAAGGCCACGGGCCAACAAAGGCUCGACAGUCGCGCGUCGUCGUCCAAGACGGUCGUCCAGGGCCAUCAGUAUUCCAAGUCUGGCGGUGCCGCGGAUCACUUUGUCAUCUCAAGUGCAAGUCUCGGACGUCAUCAUAGCGCUUCUGCCUCGGUUCCAUCCACCACUCUUCCGGGCUCUGCGCGAACGGUCCAAGGCGUUUUCCCCGAAACCCCGACUGCCUCUAAUCCCUAUCCAAAUCAACGAUAUGCUUCCAAUGCUACGACCCCUCAAGCUGUCGCUUUCCCCGUAGCGGUGACCCCUUCAAAGCACCAACGCCACGCCUCUACGUCGUCGCAAGACUGGAGCGCGGAGCGUCAGCGCAAAUUAUCUCAUCAUCGAAAUGCAUCCGCGUCGACACAAGACAUUUCUCCGAGCUCGGCCUCGACUGGUUCAAGUCACUGUGAUACUUGGAACUCGCACACAAGUCAGCCAGAUCCGCCGCAGCAACAGCAACUGCCCCGACGUGGUCGUGGGAUGAGCGAUGCGCCCAAUCCUUCGACAUAUUACCUCGGCUCUGCCAUGUCGCGUCCCUCACAGACAUCGGUCGUCAAGCUCGGAGGGGAGGAAGAGCGAGGGAGAAAGAAGGACAAGGACGACUCGUUUAUGGGGCGUGUUCGCGCGCGGUCCAAUUCGUUGACCAAGUCGCUUUCCAAGGCCAUCCAAUACCCUGUUUACCUCGUCAAGGGCAAGAAGGAGAACCGCAAGUCGAACGUCAACCUUGGUCAGGGAGGCUCGACGAUGCUGACUGGAUCCGACGCUGGACAUUCGGCUCAUUCUCAACCCUAUACCCCGUCUACGAGCACGACCAGCACGCAUGCGUCCCCAGUCUCUCAUCGCAGCCGAAGUCACAGCGUCCAGGCACGUCCCAAGAAGCUCUUGUCGCGUCGCGAGCAAGAGAUGAGAGAUGAAUAUCAUGCGAGCCCCAUGACAAAAGCAAAGAAUGUCGUCUUGAAUGACUGGGACGGGAUUGACAUGCCCCGACGUAUCGACAGUGUCUACGCUCAGGCUGUCAAGGUUGCCGUUGUCCAAACCCAGUACCGAGAAGGCGAUACGACACCCGUCUACCGCGCCCGAGCGCCUCAGGUAGUUCCGUUCAUGACGGAGCAACCUUACCCGAGGCGUCGAUGA